GCAUUUUUAAAGACAGCCUUAACUGGGGUCCUAUUCUAGUCCGGAAAAUUUUUGCCUGAAAGAAGGGAGGAAUUUACACGUGGGAAGCUGCUAUGCGGAAUCGAGGAGGAAACCACCCUUCUGGAGGGGACCCCAGACUGAAACAGCGAGUUAAACAGUAUCUAAGCAGUAAUAAAUGUGGCCAAUAUGUUAACACUGAAAUUCUAGCAGCAGAACUACAAAAAAUAUAUAGUGCUGAUUAUGGACGAAGAAAAAGAAAUGCCUUUAGAAUACAGGUUGAAAAAGUUAUUGGGAUAAUCAAAGAUGAGAUAAAAUCUACAGAUUUAGCCACUCUAGAAGAUGAAUAUUUCACAAAGAAAGCAAAAAGGGAUGAAAAUGAUUCAGAGACCAGCUUGGAUACUUCUGAUACCGAUAGUGAACAUCCUAAUUCAAAUCACAUGAAUACCUCUUUGAUAACCUUAUAUCGGAAAGGAAAUCCAGAUUCUUUACCUUCAUCUCCUAAAAAUGAUUUAAUUAUGUCUACCAGUACUUCACCAACAGUACCUAGAUCAGGUACUGUUUCUUCUCAAGCUCCAUCAGUGACCAAAAUUUCAGACGGUGGAUGGUUUAUUGAUAAGACCCCAGGCCCAAAGGAGGAAAACUUUUUUAUUGAUCUUUGUGCAGAAGAAGACUGUGAUAACAUUAAGCAGAAAGCUGAGAAUGCUGGAAACAUUUCUGUUUUGGAGACCGCAAGAAAGAAGUCCAAGAACAAAAAAUAUAAAAGGAGAAAAGUUGAAUUUCCUAAUGUAGAUGAAGAAAUAGAGUCAGUUUUGAAGCAGCAGAAAGUUAAAUCAAGAGAAAUAGAGCUGCAAACUUCCUCAAUGACAUUUGAGGAUAUAGGAGGCAAUGAUGAAAUUUUGAAGGAGAUAUGUAAGAUGCUGAUACAUAUCCGUCAUCCUGAAGUCUACACUCAUUUAGGAGCUGUUCCUCCUCGAGGAUUUCUUUUGCACGGACCACCAGGGUGUGGGAAGACAUUACUAGCACAAGCAAUUGCUGGGGAACUUGAAUUACCAAUACUCAAAGUGGCUGCAACUGAGGUUGUAUCUGGAGUGUCUGGUGAUUCUGAACAGAAAUUAAGGGAGCUCUUUGAUCAAGCUGUGACCAAUGCACCAUGCAUCCUUUUCAUAGAUGAAAUUGAUGCUAUCACACCAAAAAGAGAAAUAGCUUCAAAGGACAUGGAGCGAAGAAUUGUAGCCCAGCUUCUGACUUGCAUGGAUGACUUGAAUACAUUGACCACUGCACCUCAGGUCCUUGUCAUUGGAGCAACCAACAGGCCAGAUUCACUGGACCCAGCCCUGAGACGUGCAGGAAGAUUUGACCGAGAAAUUUGUUUGGGGAUUCCAGAUGAAGCAGCAAGAGAAAAAAUUCUGAAGACAUUGUGUCGAAAGCUUCGACUUCAAGAACCUUUUGAUUUUGGACAUUUGGCUCAUGUGACGCCAGGCUACGUUGGUGCUGACCUUCUGGCUCUUUGCCGUGAGGCAGCAAUGUGCACAGUUAACAGAGUUCUUGUUAAGCUAAAUGGGAAGAAAUGGGACGUUACGAAAAAUGAUGAAGCAACACCUGGACCAGACAUGCAAAGGAGAACAGAAGAAAAUGUGAAAAAAGAUGCUGAAGAACCAGAUCUUCCUAGUAAAAAUGAAUUGCAAAGAUUGCUCCAGUUGCUCAAGGAGCCAGAUCCCCUGGGGGAAGCUCAGCUGCAGAAGCUGUGCAUUGAGCUGAAAGAUUUCACGGUCGCUCUCUCUUCAGUGCAACCCUCUGCGAAGAGAGAAGGCUUUGUCACUGUUCCUGAUGUGACAUGGGCAGAUAUUGGAGCCCUGGAAGAGGUUCGGGAAGAGCUGACCAUGGCUAUACUGGCACCCGUGAGGAAUCCUGAACAAUUCCGAGCCCUUGGACUUCUAGCUCCAGCUGGUGUGCUGCUUGCUGGUCCUCCUGGAUGUGGCAAAACACUACUUGCGAAGGCUGUAGCAAAUGAAUCUGGACUGAACUUCAUUUCAGUGAAAGGCCCUGAACUAUUGAAUAUGUAUGUGGGAGAAAGUGAACGUGCUGUUCGUCAGGUUUUCCAACGUGCAAGAAAUUCAGCACCUUGUGUCAUAUUCUUUGAUGAAGUUGAUGCUCUAUGCCCUCGGAGAUCAGACCGUGAAUCAGGUGCCAGUGUCCGUGUAGUGAACCAAUUGCUUACUGAGAUGGAUGGCCUGGAAUCACGUCGUCAAGUGUUCAUUAUGGCAGCUACAAACAGACCAGAUAUUAUAGACCCAGCUAUUUUGCGUCCAGGAAGGCUUGAUAAAACACUUUAUGUUGGUUUACCACCACCUUUGGAUCGCCUUGCAAUUUUAAAGACUAUUACUAAAGAUGGAACUGUACCCCCACUUGAUACUGAUGUGCACCUAGAAGAAAUUGCUGACAAUCCCUGCUGUGAUUGCUUUACGGGAGCAGAUCUUUCAGCUCUAGUGCGAGAAGCUUCUGUUUGUGCCCUGAAACAGCAAAUGACACUGUUCAGCCCUGCAAACAAGAACAUGAGUGUUUCUUGUACUACAGUUUUCACAGGAGAAAUUAGAGUUGGCAAAAAACAUUUUGAAGAAGCUUUUAAGAAAGUGAAAUCCUCUAUAACUAAAAAGGACCAAAUAAUGUAUGAAGAGCUGCGCCAAUCAUUGAACUGGUGACACAGAAGACUCCUAAUACUUGCCAUGCAUUCUCCUGAUCCUAUUUCCCUGAAGACCUUUUCUGUUAUAAGACAUGAUCUCAGUUUUGUAUGCCUAUAAUUUCAGAAUUGUUCAACUUCUUCUAAAGGAUUUAUAUGUUAGCAUAUAAGCUAGCUCUUCCGUUAGCAGCAGGGCUCUUUCAAAAGCCAUCUCUGUGAUAGAGCUCUCUGCCUGAUGUCAGCAGAUCCAAGUCCUGAAAGACUAUUUGAAUGCCUAGGAAUCUGUUGCCAAAU